AAAAAAAAUAUUUUUAACAUUUUUCAAAGAUUUUAAAUACUAAAAUUUAACUUAUAAUUAUUUUUAUGAUAAAAAAGGAAUUAUCCUAUAAGUUUGAGUUCAAAAAAUGAAAAUCCAAUAUAAGCAAAGUUUUUCAAUGAAGAUAUUUUCUUAGAAAAAAGAAAAACAUAUUUAAGUUUCAAGUCCUGUGGCCAAGCUAUUCCGCAUCUUUGAAAGAAUUAAUUUCCAUAUUUUCAAUUGAAAACAUUUAUGUAUAGAACUAAGCCCGCUUCCACUGUUGCUAUCGAAGUAACUGCAAUUAAAUCUGUUACAAAAAGCUUUUAAUGUCUAUUUUCUGAUUACACUCCAACAAGUGUUCUAAGUGUUUAGUGUUUAUCAACCGACAAAUGCUCUUCUUGAUCAGCUGGGCAGUGUUUGUCAAAAGCUUUAAAAGCUUUAUAUUAUAAUUGCGCAUGUUACAGUACAAGUGCAUUUAAUAUUGUCGCUAUUGUCAUCAUCGUCAUCAUCAUCAUCAUCAUCAUCAUCAUCAGCAGCAGCAGCAGCAACAGGAGUAGCAACAACAUAAUCAUAAGAACAACGAAUGUUCCGAGUGCAGAAUUUAUAGCGUAACGUUAAUAAAUCAAAGAACAAAUGCUAGCGAAGUAUUUUUCAAUUGGUAUAUAAUUUUACAAAUUCUUUAUCAAUGAGAAUGGAAUAUCAAUUACCACCGCAGGCUUUGCAGUUGGCCUCGGUUGGUGGAGGAACAGCAAUAAAUGUUAAUAAUACUAAUGGUUUAAUGCAGCUAACAUCGCCUGCCACUCAAAAUAAUCAAUUAUCAAUUAUGCAAACGCAACAACAACAACAGCAACAACAAAUUGUCUCACAACAACAUCAACAACAUCAACAACAACAGCAACAGCAGCAGCAGCAGCAACACCUAUUAACCAAUCAUUUAAGCGGAAGCGGUCAGACUUUACCGCCUUUAAGUUCUUUGCCUUUACAAGUCGUACAUAAUUUACCGCAUUUGCUGACAGGGAGCUUAACAAACGCCCACAAUAAUAGCAACAGCAGUAGCCAUAGCAACAACAACAAUAAUAAUAAUAGCAACAGUAGCAGCAAUAAUCUUAAUAUAUUACAAAAUAAUUUACAAUUAUCAUCGACCAAUCAUAAUGGCAACUCUAGCAAUCUUAGCCUUCAUCUUAACCUCAACACCAGCAAUAACAAUAACGGCAACACUUUAUCUGUUACAAAUAUUAAUCAUAAUCAUCAUGCAACCGCCAAUCAAUUGUUACGCAAUACGAUGCAAUCGGUGGUCGCUAAUUCGCAAUUGCAACAGACCAUUAAUAAUUUGGGCAAUAAUCUGGCAACUCUACCACCCAGUAGUCAACUUUUACAUCAUCAUUUACAACACUUGGCGAGUGUGAACGCAAAUGCUGCCGCUGCUGCUGCUGCUGUAGCUGUAGUCUCGAAUAAUAAUAAUCCCAACAAUAAUCACAACAGUAGCAAUAACACUAAUAACAGUAACAGUAAUAGUUCUUCGCCUCUUAACGCGAAUUUAUUAUCAACCGGAGCAAGUAGCAAUGGCAACAACAAUGCAAAUCAAAAUUUAUCCAUACACUUAAAUGAUAAUUUAAUAGCUCAUAAUUUGGUUAACGGUUUAGUGGGUGUUUUACAAAACGCCAACAACAACAGCAACAAUAAUGAUAACAACAAUAAUAAUAAUAAUAAUAAUAAUUCUACCAACAUUGAAGACAACAAUCGUUGGACACAAUUUCAAGUACAACAACUAUGGAAACAACAUGCUUCCUAUUUGAAUGGCAGGAAAUCACCAUUUUUGGGGUUCAUUUGCAAAACAAACGGUAAAUCCACAUCGAAUAGCAAAGAAGUCAUUUGUCCCGAUGAUAAAUACAAAGAAGAAGGUGAUCUCUGGAAUGUUGAGGCUCAAACUGCCUUUUUGGGCCCAAAUUUAUGGGAGAAAACUCUGCCCUACGAUGCUGACCUUAAGGUAACACAAUAUGCCGAUUUGGAUGAAUUCUUAUCGGAGAAUAAUAUACCUGAUGGCUUGCCCGGCACUCAUUUGGGACACUCAAGUAGUUUGAGUCAUCGUUCGGAUUCACUGAGCCAUGCAGCUGGUCUGUCGUUAGGUCUCGGACAUAUAACAACAAAACGUGAACGAUCACCAUCACCGUCAGAUUGUAUAAGUCCGGAUACCUUAAAUCCACCAUCACCGGCUGAGUCAACAUUUUCUUUUGCAUCAUCGGGGCGGGAUUUUGACCCGCGCACUAGAGCAUUUUCCGAUGAAGAGCUCAAACCGCAACCCAUGAUCAAAAAAUCACGUAAACAAUUUGUUCCAGAUGAACUCAAAGAUGACAAAUAUUGGGCUCGUCGCCGAAAGAAUAAUAUUGCUGCCAAACGUUCAAGAGAUGCACGCCGUCAAAAAGAGAAUCAAAUUGCAAUGCGAGCGCGAUAUUUGGAAAAGGAGGUGAACGUUGUUUUAUUUUUGUUUUUUUUU